AUGAUGACAAUCGAUCUAACCAAGCGACAUUCUCAUUCUUAUUAUUACUAUCUCAUUACUUUCUGCUAUCUAUUUUCCUUAAUUAUUGUUGCUGCUGGUACCAGCUAUAUGGAGGAUCAUUCCAAUGAGACAGUCAUUGAAAUUAAUACAACUGUUUUUAGUGUAACAACACUACCUGCAAAUGUUUCGAUCGAAGAAACCUUUCCGAGUAAUAGUACAAACGUUUCAACACCUGUACUAUUGAUCGAUUCGACUAUGGCACCAACAAUAACGUCAACGGUAGUGCCGAAGAAGACAACUGAAAGUAGUACAGAAAACAUGCAGACAACUUUUGAAGAACAUUCGAAUUCAACUACAGUACCAGUAGAAGUAUCAUCGGAAAAAUCUGAAGAACCAACAACGGUAGCAGCAACAGCACCAACAUCAACAUCAACAACGGCAACAUCACCAGUAGUAACAUCGACGGUAACGAUGAUGACGACGGCGACGACAGUUGUUUCAUUAUCAUCGUGUGAAUCAUCGAAAUAUGGUUGUUGUUCAGACAACGUUACAGAAAGAACGGGUCCAAAUAAUGAAGGAUGUGAGGAUGAUAAUGUCAAUAUUACAGUUUUGAACAGUACCGUUGGAUACGUUAAUGAAACUGAUUUUGUUACUACAGUUGAAUCCGAAAAUGUGACUGUAAUUACCGAUAAAAAUGAUGUGUCUAUCUACACAUCGACGGAAAACUUUAGCACUGACAUGACAGUUGAAGCCGAUUCUACUCAGUUUGAACUAGAAAACACAACAAGUGCACAUUCUGAAAGUACUACAAUGGAGGUAGUUGACGAAAGUACUACGGUGGAGAUAGUUGACGAAAGUACGACAGAACCUACUGUGGGCACCACAGAAUUCACUGAAACAACAACUGUCACUGAAGCCGAAACAGAAGAAACCACUACAAAAUCGACUCUUUGUGUUGACAGCGAAUUUGAAUGUUGUCCCGAUGGGGAAACACCAGCACAAGGACCUGAAUUCAAAGGAUGUAAUACAACAGAGAAGCCACGAAUACCAUCAACAACAGUUUCUUUCACGAAUGUUUGUGAAUUGGAAAAAGAUGCGGGUAGUUGCAGUAAAUAUGUUAAUAUGUGGGCGUAUGAUCGCCAACAAGGUAAAUGUGUUCGAUUUUGGUAUGGAAGUUGUGAAGGAAAUGGUAAUCGAUUUGAAACUGAACAACAAUGUCAAGAAACAUGUAUUAGUCCAAAAGGAAUUGAAGUCUGUUUGUUGUCGAAAGUAGCCGGACCAUGUCACUCAUCUAGCACUCGUUAUUAUUAUGAUCGAGAUAAGAAGAAAUGUGAACAAUUUCGCUAUGGUGGAUGCAACGGUAAUUCAAAUAAUUAUGUAACAAUGGAUCAAUGUCAAUCAACGUGUGUAAAAGAAACGAUUGAUCAAUGUACGCAACCCGUUGAAGUUGGACCGUGUAAAGGAGAGUUCCCUCGGUUUUAUUACGAUACAGUAACAGGACAAUGUCGAUCAUUCAUGUAUGGCGGUUGUCAAAAGAAUCAAAACAAUUUUGCCACGUUAAAAGAUUGCUCGAAAUCAUGUGUAGAAGUACGGCAAAAAGAUAUCUGUUUACAACCAAAAGUCAUUGGUACAUGCCAAGAACGACAUCCAUCUUGGUAUUUCGAUAUCAAGGAACAUGAAUGUAAACCGUUUCAAUAUUCAGGCUGUAAAGGAAAUCACAAUCGAUUUUCGACGAAAGAAGAAUGUGAUCACUCGUGCUCAUCUUUGAAAGCAUCGAAAACGUUUGUUAACGACACGAAAGCUAUUUGCAACCUGCCAAUGAUACGUGGUAAUUGUGAUCAACAAAUAUCUCGUUGGUAUUUCAAUCCAUCAGAUCGGUACUGUUACCCAUUUCAAUAUACCGGCUGUCACGGCAAUGCAAAUGCAUUUGAAAACGAACAAGAUUGCCGGGAUAUAUGUCAUGCAAAGGAAAAAGACAUUUGUACAUUGGACAAAGAUUCAGGUUCGUGUGAUCAAUAUAAAAUUAUGUGGUACUAUGAUUCUGUGAGUCAACAAUGUAAGAAUUUCUACUAUGGUUCAUGUGGUGGAAAUGCCAGUCGUUUCGGAACGGAACAAGAAUGUCAAUUGCGUUGUUUGAUCAAAGCUGGUAAUUCGACUUGUUCUCAACAAGUUGAUCAGGGCUAUGUUUGUAAUAAUACAAAAUCAAAUCAAAAUGAAACAACGAGCUCCGUUAUGAAAUUCUUCUAUGAUCAACAAUUGAAACAAUGUUCAUCAUUUCUGUAUCGAGGCUGUGGUGGCAAUGACAAUCGUUUCGACGAAGAAAGUCAAUGUAUCGAUAAAUGUCUCAUGGAGAAACCAGUUGUUGAUCAAGGUUGUGGAUCAAAUAUGAUUCGUUGUAAUAUUCAAUGUCGAUUUGGUUUCGAAAGAGAUGGAAAUGGCUGUGAAAUAUGCCGUUGUUUUGAGCCUUGCCAACGUCAACAGUGUCCAUCGGGUUAUGAAUGUGUUAUCAUCCCAGAACAAACUCCAUGUGUUCAAGCGCCAUGUCCAGUGCCCAGAGUUGAAUGUCAACCAAUCGGUCCUGAUCAAUUACCAGAUGCGAAUGGAAGUAUUAAACCAUUAAUUGAAAAUUCGAUCACAAAUAUCUUUUCACAAUUCGAUGCUAAUGUUACAAUUCCAUGUGUUCUACGACAAGGUCAUCCAACACCGGUCAUUUACUGGUAUAAAGAACGGCAGCAAUUACAAGUACACGAUGCAAUGAAUAAUGGUGGAAUUGUUCGAAAAAUUGAACGAUUACCAGAUCAAUCGUUAUUAAUCAGAAGAGUGAAACUUGAAGAUCAAGGUCUCUAUACAUGUCGAGCGAUAAAUGAUGUUGGACAAGAUAUCAAAGAUGUACAAUUGGAAUUGUUCGAUUCAAUUAAAGUAGAUAUCUAUCCAAUUAAUCGAAUCUAUCAACUUGGUUUCACAGCUAAACUUCAAUGUCGUGCUACAGGUUAUCCAUUACCACGUAUUACAUGGAUGCGUGACAAUGUGCCGUUAGCCAACACCACUCGAAUCAGACUUCAAAACGAUGGAUCUUUGAUUAUUCAUCCGUAUAAACGAGAAGAUGCCGGUCCUUAUGUAUGCAAUGCUACAAAUAAGAAAGAAAGUGUAACACAAGUGGCAUAUCUAGAAGUAAAAGACACUCGUAUCGAACCAACAUGCGAAGAUCAGCCAACAUUUGCAAAUUGUGAACUUGUUCUUCGACACAAUUUUUGUGAUGUUUACCUUGAUUAUUGCUGUCGAACAUGUUCUCAACAUGCUCAACAAUCUCCACCAACCGACAAACCUCCUAAUCCUCGUACGCGUCGACAUCAAUUAUUUUAA